AUUUCAAGCAAGGCCUACGAGUUUGUUGAUGUGAAAUCCAUUGGCAGAAUAUAUAAUUCUCGUGGUCCAAAGAUGAAGGUCCGAGUACGACGAUACAAGGAUCAAAUGGGAUCAUUCUUGAUGGACGUGGACUUGCUAGAAGGAAAGUCCAUCACAUUGCUACGAUUUAUGGACUAGAAUGAAGAGAAGAUGGGCUUGGUAGAAGGAAGGAAGAUCUCCCAUGGUGUG